UCCGCAAAUCUUUCGAUUUCUCGUGAGUUUCGUUCCAGUUCCAAUCAUCGAAACGUCAUCCGCGCGCGAAAGUGACAGCUCCGAGUGGUGUGCCUCAGUCCCUGGAGAACAUCGGAGGACACGACGCUCGGAAGAGAAUUUCUUUACAGAUAGCCGUAUCAACUCCACCGCACAACUCACUUCCCCGAAGUUAGCAUACCAUCCUCGUUAUCAACAAUACGUCAACGGUAUUCCUCGUUGUACUUGCAACAGUAACGGUGGGGAUACGCGGAUCUCUCAAAACGAAAAUCGCAAGUGGUCGAAAGAGGAGCUCGAAGUCAGAAACGAGCAGUGGACGCGGAAGAGUCGGGUCGUGAGAGUUCCGGGCGGUAUAGCCUUUGAUUGUGAUGUGGUGGAGCCCCCCGGGGGGCCACGGGGGCAGGAGGUCAGAGGAAGAUCGGUCGUGAGGGCAACAAGCACGGCUCGGCUGCCUCGAGGCGAGAUCGCCGGUAGGGCGGAGGAGGAGGUAGGAUGGUGUGACCUCCGGCGUCAUCCCGCCCAACGCGGAGGUGGUGCUGGAGGUGGCGGAGGUGGCGGUGGAGUCGAGCAGCUGCUGCCCGACUCGGAGGAAGAGGAGUCGACGGCGAUGUCGAGGCAGCUUCGAGGUGAACGGGACCACGUGAGCCGCGAUUACCAAGAGGGCUACCUCGGUGACUUUCGGGAUUUGCGCGAUCUCAGGGAUUUCAGGGACUACCAUCGAGACCCACUCGGAGACAUCAGAGACGAUCGGGACGGUCAGGGACUCAGAGAAGGACCCGUUACCGGCAGGACUUAUCGAGACGACUAUCCGGAAGAGUACGAUCAUCGUCCUACCGUUGCAUCUACCUCGGCGAAUCUCACCAACAAUCCGGGUGGGACGUAUUCUCGCUACCGUGUUUGCUGUAUCUUCUCAUUUGUAGCUGCAUUCAUCGUCCGUUCUUUCCCGCUGUUCGCUUCUCGAGAGUCAGACUCGCUAAUGAGAGGGACGAGAACCCGGAGGGCGAGAGAUGACGGAGAUGACAAGGUGGAAAAUGGAAUCUGCCCUCUCGGACGACGCUUUUUUAGCGAGUGAAUAUGACUCACGAUAUGCGAAAAUGGGUCAGUUCUCUACGCGAUAACGCGAUUCCGAUAUAUAAAUUUGCUCGAAUAUAAUAGAAACUGUCAUUUAUUUAGUUUUUAGCAAAAUGCAAAUAUGAUAAAUAAUUCAUUUAAUUUUAUUACCUUUUAAAAAAUUAUAGAUAUCUUACAACAUAAUAUUACACAACUCACUUUUAUAUUUUGCAAUUAAGAGAUGCUGUCAUAUUCAUCGCGAGGCCACGAACGCAAAAUUAAAAGUAUUUUUGUUUGAGCAACGGUACCUCGUGGAGAGAUUAAGUGAUUUUUUCGUGGCUCGCGAGAUGAGUUGUCAAGUUGAAUCUGAUGUUUGUAAUUACACUGAUAUAUAUCUUCGCAUAAUCAUACUAUUGCACGGCUGUUCGUGCGAGUUGUUCGACUAUGGCGAGCAAUUAUUUUGCUGUCAUUUGAUUUGUCCUAGUCAAGUCGAGAAUGUCGAAUGAUUUGAUUUCUUUUAGUCUCUUUAAUAUUGAUAUACUUUUGUUUGUAGAUCUUAAAUCUACACUUUAUCUUCAAAAAUUGAAAUUAAUUCUGCAUUAUUUAAUUAAUUUUUUUAAUAUUUAAAUUGUGUGUAUUGACAAGUUAUGCUUCUUUUUUAUUAUCAA